GUUUGCUCCCCAUCUGAUUCAUUCCGAGAAUAGCUGCUCUUCUUUGGAAGUCUCUUCUCUGAAAACUAAAGCAUGUCUGGACGCGGCAAGCAAGGAGGCAAAGCCAGAGCCAAGGCAAAGACCCGAUCUUCCAGAGCCGGGCUCCAGUUCCCCGUGGGCCGCGUCCACCGUCUCCUCCGGAAGGGCAACUACGCCGAGCGGGUCGGGGCCGGGGCGCCUGUCUACCUGGCGGCGGUGCUGGAGUACCUGACCGCUGAGAUCCUGGAGUUGGCGGGAAACGCAGCCCGGGACAACAAGAAGACCCGCAUCAUCCCGCGCCACUUGCAGCUGGCCAUCCGCAACGACGAGGAGCUAAACAAACUGCUGGGCAGAGUCACCAUCGCCCAGGGAGGCGUCCUGCCCAACAUCCAGGCCGUGCUCCUCCCCAAGAAGACCGAGAGCCACAAGGCCAAGGGGAAGUAAAGCCCUCCGGUCUCCAGGAAAAAAAUUGAACCCAAAGGCUCUUUUAAGAGCCACCCACAAAUUCAAAGAAAGUGCUUGGAUCACCUAUGGAAAAUACAUGUUUUACUAGCCUUUGCAAUUCCCUCAUUUUAAGUUAUAUGAUAAAAAGUCGUAUCAUCCAAGCCCUGGUGCUAUUGGAAAUAGAAUGCCAAACUUUGUAAGUUUAUUGCAACUUUUCACUUUUAUGUAACUAUAUAAAAGUGUAUCAACAGAUCCACAAUAACAGUAGCCAACUUUACAUUUUCCUUGCUUUUGUAUAACAUAAUAAAGAAAUGUAUCAUCCAAGCUCUGAUCCACAUGAAA